CCAAAUUCAUUCACCAUACACCCAUGUGCCCCUAUCUUUCUUUUUUUCUUAUCUCUAUAAAUCCCAAUCCUCAAACCCCUUACAACACAAACCUCAAUAACAACAUAUUCACUUCUCAAACUCCUCAAAAAACUCAUUCAGAUAAAAUAGUAAAAUAUUACAAAUACUCUUUUUCUUUCUUUCAAGCAUUUUAGUUCAAAAAUCUUUUCUUUUUCAGAUUCUAAUUCAUGGGUUUUUGUUAAUUCUUCGUUUGAUCUUUGUUUUCACUUUGUAAUUUUGAUUUUAACUUUUUUUAUAUGAUGGAGCUUAUUUCCGGUCUACCUGAAGAUUUAGCCAGAGACUGUCUAAUUCGGGUUUCAUACCAACAAUUUCCCACGGUGGCGUCGGUUUGUAAAGGGUGGAAGACGGAGAUACUUACGCCGGAGUAUCACCGUCAACGACGGAGAACGGGACAAGCUCAAAAAGUUCUAGUUAUGGUUCAAGCACGUAUUGAACCGGAUAAAAGUGAAACCGGUUCGACGAAAAGACUUACAAACCCGGUUUACCGGCUCAGUGUUUUUGAACCGGAAAAAAGUACUUGGAGUGAAUUACCGGCACCACCCGGUUAUAGUUCAGGGUUACCGGUUAUGUGUCAGUUAGCUUGUGUCGGAUAUGAUCUUGUUGUGUUGGGCGGGUUGGAUCCGGAUACAUGGAAAGCAUCGAAUUCAGUGUUUGUUUAUAAUUUCUUGUCGGCAAAAUGGCGAUGCGGGACCCAGAUGCCAGGUGGAUCCCGCAUGUUUUUUGGUUGUGCAUCAGAUGCCCGUCGGAUGAUUUUUGUGGCCGGCGGACAUGAUGACGAGAAGAAUGCGUUGAGGUCGGCAUUGAUGUAUGAUGUGGCGGUGGAUGAAUGGGUUGAGCUACCGGAGAUGUCGUCGGAGCGUGAUGAGUGUAAGGCGGUGUUUCGCCGUGGAAGGUUUAUUGUCGUUGGUGGUUACACGACGGAGAAUCAAGGAAGGUUUGAGAAAAGUGCGGAGGUUUUUGAUUUUGUGACGUGGAAGUGGGGUCAAGUGGAGAAAGAGUUUUUGGAUUGUGCCACGUGUCCAAUGACUUUGGUGAACGGUGGUGAUUGUGAUGAGAGUGUUUAUAUGUGUUGCGGUGGUGAGUUAGUUACCAUGAGGGGUCACACGUGGCAGAAGAUGGGUAAGGUUCCGGAUGAGAUCCGCAACGUUGCUUAUGUUGGAGCGUUUGGUGGGGCUGUGGUUGUGAUUGGAUCUAACGGCUAUGGUGAAGUGCACAUGGGUUAUGUUUUUGAUUUGAGGAGUUAUAAAUGGAGAAAAUUGGACUGUCCAAAAGGGUUCACUGGACAUGUCCAAACCGGAUGUGUACUAGAAAUUUAAUUCUUUGCGUAGUUACCAUCGUUGGAUUGGAUGAAAAUUAGACGGUCAUUUAAAUGUGUAUUCUAGUUAAAUUCAUGAGUGAUUGUGAUUUUAUAGAAUUGAAGAGGAGAAUACUAUUGUGUUUAAUCUAAAUCCAUAUUUAGGGGGUUAGGUUUUUUUAUUUUUUGUUUAGUAUAAUACGGGAAGAUAUUUUGAAAUAGUGAAAGCGCAAGUGGAACUAUGUAUUUUUCCAUAUGCUAAAAGGUUGGGAUCAAUCCAAGUAAAUAUAGGCAUGAAGAAAUUUUCGAGUUGUUGCUUGAAAUUUUUCCUUUUUCCUUUUGCACUUUCUUUUUUUGACCGUUUUGGUAACGGUUUUUAGUUAUUAGGUUGGGGCUUUGACCUCUUGUUUGUCAUGAAAAGAAAAAGGGAAUUUGGUACAUAAUAUAUGUGAAAUAUAUACUUUUUUGUUGUAUAAAUUAGCAUAAUCUUCGUAA